AUGCGGAGCGUGGGCACCCGCACCACUCAGCAGAACAGCCUGCCUCGCGCCCCCCCACCACCCCCCUCCUCCACCUCUACCCACAGGGGCAGGGGCUUGGAAGAUAGGAGUUACAGCAUCGAGAGGUCCUCUCAGCAACCUCCUCCCCUGACCCAUGCGAAAGGGACUACGGCGGACGAACGCAGCUUUGCCACAGUGGAGCACUCUUCUUCUUCUUCCUACUACGGCAGCGAGCGUCCUCCGCCGCUCUGUGAGGGAGCAGAGAGAGAUAGGCCCCCCGCCCAUAACAACGGCAACAGACAAGUCUCCAAUGGCAAUAGGGGCGUUUCCAAUGGGAACCGAGCAGUGGCAGUGGUGGGUAACAGCGAGAGGCAGGUGUCCAAUGCAAUGUUUUUGAAUGGAGGCGGGCGGCGUGAUGGGCGGGACCAGAGGGAUGGGCGUGACCAGAGGGAUGGGCGUGAUAGGGGGCGAGAAGUGCCGAGAGGGGCGGUGAGUUUGGACAUUUGCGGGAACAACGAGGUUUCGCUGAACAAUGAUAGAAACAGUAGCCAACAGCUGGCUCAGUACAAGGAGGCGGGCGCCAGCGCAGCCAAGGUGGAUAACUAUAACAACCCCCCCAACAUCCUCCCCAUCUCUGGGAAGCUGGAGAAGGUUCAGGUGAGUCCCUCUCUCUGUGAGUGUGUGUCUGUGUGUGUGUGUGUGUGUGUGUGCAUCCAAAUACAGGCUGUAAGUUGAGAAUGAGGGUGCAUGUUGAAAGUGUGUGUUGUGCAUGAGUGUUUAUGUAUUUGUACAGGAAUGUGUAUACAUGAGUUAGCGUGCAGUCAAUAAAAAGCUGUCAUAAAUUGAUAUACUGUACUUUGUUACCUAGCUGCUGUAAAUCAGUGCUGCCCAUUAUGACAGGGAGAUAUUUACAUGAAAUAUGAUCUCCUCUCCCGUCAACUCCUCCAUGCAUUGUAAUAGCAUUAGCCUUAGCUGUUACUGUUCUUUAUGUUAGAUUUCUGAAAAGGUCUCUCAUACUGGACAUAUCUUUUUUUAUUGUAUAUCUGCAUAUAAUUUGUGUACCGGUACAUUAAAGAACUAUAGUAAAUGCUCUUAAUCCCCCCUUGUAAUCAGGUAAUUUAAGAUAGCUGGAAAUUCACAUUUAGCUUCAGUAUGCUUUCUGCUGAAUUAAUGAUACAUAUAGUAGCAUAUUCAUAAUCUCUGUCAACCUAAUUGUCAGAUAAUGAAUGCUGUACAAUCCUCACAUUAUAUUUCACCACCAAUGCCAUUUUCCUUCCUCCCCCAUCCAGAGCAACGAUGGAUUGAUCCGCCCCUCUGCCUUCAAGCCUGUAGUGCCCAAGAGCUUCCACUCCAUGCAGAAUCUGGUGUGCCCCCCCCAGACCGGAGGAGGGGGUCGCAGCACCGGAGGAGGGGCUGGAGGUGGUGGGGAUCCCAGUGUACCAGGACCCCUCAGAGACACAGACAGCCCUGGCAGCCAGGGUGGAGGUACCAGAGGCGGCAGCAGGGGCAGAGGCCAGGGGAGCCUGUCUGACUCUGGGAGGAACUCUCUAACCAGCCUGCCCACCUAUGCUGGCUCCAGCUCGGGCUACGGGCCCCCGCCUGUCCUAGGGCCCCUGAGCGCCUCCACCAGCCACAUCAACCGCCUGGGGACCACGGGGGCCCUGGAGAAGUUGGACAAGCCUGGUGGUGUUAGUGGUGGCGGUGGUAAUAGUGGAUACCAGAACGGACUGAGCGCCUCGGAUAGUGGUCGUUCCUCCUCUGGGAAGAGCUCCUCGUCCUAUCAGAGGCUCAGCCACCUGAGUGACGCCCCCCCGCCCCUCCGCCCUUCGCCCUCCUCUGAUGACGUCAUCCAGGACCUGGAGGAUCGGCUAUGGGAGAGAGAGCAAGAGGUGAGUAGAGACAGAGGGAGAGAGAGGGAGGUGAGGAGAGGGGUAGAGUGAGAGGAAAAGGGAGAAGAAACAAUGGAUACUACUGGGGGGGGGGGGGGUGCAGGAGGAGAUUUAAAAGAUGAUAUAGUAGAAGAAAGCAACAAACAAAUAGUACCAAAUAGUGCAAAUGAUCACAACUAUAGGACAGUGAAUGAAGUUAUUUUAUAUAAUCACAAGAAGCUGUUAUUUGAAAUUUUAGGAGUUUGCAUGACCCAUAGAGGGCAAGGGUAACUGUACUAGUGAUUUUACUGUUUACCUAAUACUGUCUAUGGCUUAAGAAUAACCCAUACAUAGCUUCCUGUUUUCUUCUUCUUUUCUUCUUUCUCUUGUUUUUACUAUUUUGAUAUUGAAUACUGCACUGUUGGGAAGGGCUUGAAAGUUAAGCAUUUCACAGUUCUUGUGCAUGUGACAAAAAAAAAGUCAAACUUGAAACUAAAACCGCUGGGAAACUGGUUGGGUGAGUUGAUAAACUGGUCAGGUGGGUGUGCCUUAAACUCGCUGAGCGGACAACUGUAUUCUUAUUAGCUGACGGUCAAGCAGGUAAGACACAUUAGGUCUUUGGUCUGAAAUAGUAGUGCAAGGUAUUCAAGUACUGAGGGCUUGGAGGUAGCGAUAUGUGAUAGUGGGGUGGUACACCUUGGUGGUAGAUGGUGAAUGAGGUGUGUUACCCACAUACAAUGCAAUGCAAGGAGACAUAGUGGAACACCUAAAAAGCAAUCAAUUAAUAUUCAACAUUCGUUGACAUUGCAUAUGAGAAGUACAAAGAAAUAUGAAAGACAAGUGUGGCUGUAACCUCAAUGAUGGAUGGUAGCCAUUUUGUGAAUUCCCCAUCAUCACCUCUUGCAGCUACAUGUGAAUUACACCUGAGUUACUUCCUUUCCUCCUCCCCUCUCCCAGGUGCUCCACAUGCGCCGUAACCUGGACCAGAGUGAGGCGGCCAUCGUACAGGUGUUUGAGGAGAAGCAGCGCGUGUGGGAGCGCCAGAUGGACGAGCUGCGGCAGAACUACGCCUCACGCCUGCAGCAGGUAAUAGGAAGAUAUUAGAUAUUACACACUUAUAAUCAGUGGUGUAAAGUACUUAAGUAAAAAUACUUGAAAGUACUACUUAAUUAUUUAUAUUUUUGACUACUUUUACUUUUGCUUCACUACAUUCCUAAAACAAUUAUGUACUUUUUACUCCAUACAUUUCCCUGACACCCAAAAGUACUCGUUACAUUUUUUAUGUUUAGCAGGACAGGAAAAUUGUUUAAUUCACACACUUAUCAAGAGAUCAUCCCUGGUCAUCCCUACUGCCUCUGGUCUGGCUGACUCACUAAACACAUGCUUCGUUUGUAAAUUAUGUCUGAGUGUUGGAGCAUGCCCCUGGCUAUCCAUAAAUUAAAAACAUAAGAAAAUGAUGCCGUCUGGUUUGCUUUAUAUAAGGAAUAGAAAAUUAUUUAUACUUUUACUUUUGAUACUUAAGUAUAUUUUAGCAAUUAUAUUUACUUUUGAUACUUAAGUAUAUUUAAAACCAAAUACUUUUAGACUUUUAUCCAAGUAGUAUUUUACUGGGUGACUUUCACUUUUACUUGAGUCAUUUUCUAUUAAGGUAUCUUUGCUUUUACUCAGGUAUGAAAAUUGGGCACUUUUUCCACCAUUGCUUAUGAAUCAAAUCACAUUUUAUUUGUCACAUACACGUGUUUAGCAGAUGUUAUUGCGGAUGUAGCGAUGCUUGUGCUUCUAGCUCCGACAGUGCAGUAAUAUCUAACAAGUAAUAUCUAACAAUUUCACAAAAUAUACCCAAUACACACAAAUCUAAGUAAGGAAUGGAAUUAAGAAUAGGGUAGGGUAGCCUUCCACAAGCUUCCCACAAUAAGUUGGAUGAAUUUUGGCCCAUUCCUCCUGACAGAGCUGGUGUAAGUGAGUCAGGUUUGUAGGCCUCCUUGCUCGCACACGCUUUUUCAGUUCUGCCCACAGAUUUUCUAUAGGAUUGAGGUCAGGGCUUUGUGAUGACCACUCCAAUACCUUGACUUUGUUGUCCUUAAGCCAUUUUGCCACAACUUUGGAAGUAUGCUUGGGGUCAUUGUCCAUUUGGAAGAUCCAUUUGCGACCAAGCUUUAACUUCCUGACUGAUGUCUUGAUGUUUUGCUUCAAUAUAUCCACAUAAUUUUCCUUCCUCAUGAUGCCAUCUAUUUUGUGAAGUGCACCAGUCCCUCCUGCAGCAAAGCAUCCCCACAGCAUGAUGCUGCCACCCCCGUGCUUCACGGUUGGGAUGGUGUUCUUCGGCUUGCAAGCGUCCCACUUUUUCCUCCAAACAUAACGAUGGUCAUUAUGGCCAAACAGUUCUAUUUUUGUUUCAUCAGACCAGAGGACAUUUCUUCAAAAAGUAAGAUCUUUGUCCCCAUGUGCAGUUGCAAACCGUAGUCUGGCUUUUUUAUGGCAGUUUUGCAGCAGUGGCUUCUUCCUUGCUGAGCGGCCUUUCAGGUUAUGUCGAUAUAGGACUAGUUUUACUGUGGAUAUAGAUACUUUUGUACCGGUUUCCUCCAGCAUCUUCACAAGGUCCUUUGCUGUUGUUCUGGGAUUGAUUUGCACUUUUCGCACCAAAGUAUGUUCAUCUCUAGGAGACAGAACGCGUCUCCUUCCUGAGCGGUAUUACGGCUGCGUGAUCCUGUGGUGUUUAUACUUGUGUACUAUUGUUUGUACAGAUGAACGUGGUACCUUCAGGCGUUUCGAAAUUGCUCCCAAGGAUGAACCAGACUUGUGGAGGUCUACAAUUCUUUUUCUGAGGUCUUGGCUGAUUUCUUUUGAUUUUCUCAUGAUGUCAAGCAAAGAGGCACUGAGUUUGAAGGUAGGCCUUGAAAUACAUCCACAGGUACACCUCCAAUUGACUCAAAGGAUGUCAAUUAGCCUAUCAGAAGCUUCUAAAGCCAUGACAUCAUUUUCUGGAAUUUUCCAAGCUGUUUAAAGGCACAGUCAACUUAGUGUCUGUAAACUUCUAACCCACUGGAAUUGUGAUACAGUGAAUUAUAAGUGAAAUAAUCUGUCUGUAAACAAUUGUUGGGAAAAAUUACCUGUGUCAUGCACAAAGUAGAUGUCCUAACCGACUUGCCAAAACUAUAGUUUCUUAACAAGAAAUUUGUGGAGUGGUUGAAAAACUAGUUUUAAUGACUCCAACCUAAGUGUAUGUAAACUUCUGACUUCAACUGUCCAUAUGAGAUGAGUAAUGCAAGAUAUGUAAACAUUAUUAAAGUGGCUAGUGUUCCAUUUCUUAAAGUGGCCAGUGAUUUCAAUAUCCAGCAGCAGCCUCUAAUGUGCUAGUGAUGGCUAUUUAACAGUCUGAUGGCCUUGAGAUAGAAGCUGUUUUUCAUUCUCUCUGUCCCAGCUUUGAUGCACCUGUACUGACCUCGCCUUCUGGAUGAUAGCUGUUAAAUGAGUGAACAGGCAGUGGCUCGGGUGGUUGAUGUCCUUGAUGGUCUUUUUGGCCUUCCUGUGUCAUCGGGUGUUGUAGGUGUCCUGGAGGGCGGGUAGUGUGCCCCCGGUAAUGCGUUCGGCAGACCGCACCACCCUCUGGAGAGCCCUGCAGUUGCGGGCGGUGCAGUUGCCGUACCAGGCGGUGAUACAGCCCGACAGGAUGCUCUCAAUUGUGCAUCUGUAAAAGUUUGUGAGGGUUUUAGGUGCCAAGACAAAUGUCUUCAGCCUCCUGAGGUUGAAGAGGCUCUGUUGCGCCUUCUUCACCACACUGUCUGCCUGGGUGGACCAUUUCAGUUUGUCAGUGAUGUGUACGCCAAGGAACUUGAAGCUUUCCACCUUCUCCACUGCGGUCCCGUCGAUGUGGAUAGGGGGGUGCACCCUCUGCUGUUUCCUGAAGUCCACGUUCAUCUCCUUUGUUUUGUUGACGUUGAGUGAGAGGUUUUCCUGGCUCCACGCUCAAAGAUAAUAGAUAGAUAUUAGAAUCGCAGAAUAUACUGUAAAUUAGAAUGAUAGAAUGGCUCCUCAGUUCACAGAUUGUUGGGUUGUAGGCUAUACCCAAUAUCAUAUAGCACAAUAACAUUUGCCAUGGCUGCAUGGCAAACACUGAUAAAGGCAAAGAAUGAGCGUAAAGGAGUAGUUUAGAGAUGCAGAGUAAAAUUCUGUGCAAAGAGUUGAUUUUCUCACUCAUCUUAUUUCAAAUGGUACACUCAAUAUGGCCGCCACCAGUAUGCCUACUGCCGAAUGUUGAUUUGAAUGAGGAAUGUCCAUUCUACCAAAUGUAUUUCUACCCAGGUGACGCGUCGAGCCCAGCGCUCCCAGAGUGCCUUGCAGGCCCAGAUCAGCCGUCUGUCGCAGGACAAGCGGCGUCUGCAUGAAGAAAUGGCUGCGCUAUUGGCCCAGAGAGAGGAGCUGGAGAGGAAGUGCCUGGACUACAGGAAGGAGCAGGCUGACAUCCUGCCACGCCUGGAGGAGACCAAAUGGGAGGUGUGAGAGGGGACCUGGGGUUAAGAGGGUGGUGUGUGUGGCUGGGUGUGGGAUACUAGGGAGAUAGGUGAGGUUUAGAAGGUAACUAACUGGGAGGAAGGUUAACUUUUUAGGGGGCAUGACAAGUGAGAGUGAGAAUGCAAAAAGGAGUGCUGAGAAUAACUACUAGAUGUCCAUGCUACAAAAGGGCAAUACUGUCUAAACCAAUGAUCAGAUGUGUCCUAUUUGUUCUGUGCUAAUGCUUUUUGAUCAUUAGCACAGAAUGCAGCAAUAGUUGUCCUAUACUGUAAGUGCACAUCCAUUAGACAGAGACAUGCCCUUUACCAGGGUGCUUGUUGAUCGCUAUUUCAACCAUGUCCAUAUCUUUCAUCCCCCACUCCCCCUCCCUCCCAGGUGUGUCAGAAGGCAGGGGAGAUCUCCCUGCUGAAGCAGCAGCUGAGGGAGAGCCAGGCGGAGGUGACCCAGCGGGCGGGGGAGGUGGUGGCCCUGCGGGGCCAGCUGAAGGAGGCCAACGCCCAGCUGAGGGACUGGGAAGAGGCCAUGUUGGGCCUCAAGGACUCCUAUAGCACCAAGAGCCUGGAGCUGGAGCGCUGCGAGGGAGAGCUGCAGAAGACUCUGACCGAGGUAGGGUUGAGGUCUGGAGAGUCAGAGACGGACCUGAAACACUAACUACAAUUUGAAGGGUUGUUCUGCUCUGUGCACCACACAUUUUGCGCUCUUGAGUAACUCACAUUCAAAUACACUUUGAAAGACACAAACAAUGCUCUCUCUCUCUCUCACUCACACACACACACACACGCACACACAACACACCUUAAGUGAAUUAACCCCCACUUCCUCUUUCUUUAACUCCUGAUUCACCCUCCAGCCUCUCUUCCCUGUGUCUCUCCAGGUCUCUCUGCUGAGGGACAAGCUGGGAAUGUUUGAGGCUGAGGUGGUGGGGCUGAAGCGGGCCCUGGGUGAACUCAGUGUGAGGGAUAGGGCUGUCGAGGCUAGUGGUGGAGGGAGCAGGGAAGCAUCCAGGACCAGAGGGGGGCUUCCCUCCCCACACAGCCCACCUGAGGGCUCUGCCUUCUCCUACCCAGCCCUGCCUCCACCCCCCGUACCCCCCCCAGAUGCCAUACUGAGUUUGCAGAGCGAUGAGGCUAAAUUUCAGUGCCAGGAGGCCAACCAGCGCCAGGAGGCUCACGUGCAUCAGGAAGCCCACCAGCGUCAGGAGGCUCACUUGCGUCAGGAAGCUCAUCAGCGUCAAGAGGCUCAACUGCGCCAGGAAAUCCACCAGCAGCGCCAGGAGGCCCAACAGCAGCGCCAGGAGGCCCACCAGCAGUGGGAGGAGGCAGGGGACCUGCGCCGGCAGCUGGAGCGCCUCCAAGGCGAGCUGCGUCUGGAGCGACAGCAGCGUGAGCGACAGGCACUCACCUUCAAGAAGGAGCGCCAUGUGUGGAUGGACGAGAAGGAGCAUGUGCUCAAGUACCAGGCCCAGCUGCAGCUCAGCUACGUGGAGACCCUGCAGAAGAACCAGGCCCUGGAGCUCCGCGUGGGCCAGCUGGGCUCCAAGCUCACCUCCACCAACACCACCCCCUCGCCCACCUCGCCACCCCCACUGUCCCCCAUCCCCCUGCCUGCCCCUGUCACCCCCCUACCCUCCCUCUCUCUCUCCCCACCUCCCCUUGCCGAGGACAAGAAGCUCCCCCCCGCCCUCCACCAGCUGGCCCCUCCCUGGCCGGUACCCACCCGUCUGGAGAGGAUAGAAUCCACAGAGAUCUAG